AAUGACAACCUGUCACCGAUUUUGCACGCUAAUAGUGAGGUUGGAACGCGUCCAGUUGCAAACCAGUGGAGAUUUCCCUUAAAGUGGCCGAUUUUAUGCGCCCCCUUGCACGUGGAGCAACCGAACAGCGAUGGGAACGUGCGGCGACUACAUCGAGCGGCUUUUCCCCGCAAUCGAUGCCGAUCUGAAGCAGUACGUGGAAAGCGUCCUGGCGACCAGCGCGGACGAAUUCGAGGACAGCGAAGAAGUGUACGACGCGAUCGGGGCCGUCCUGCACGAAGUGUCCGACAAGACCGAGGCGGACAUAAAGCACAUUUGCGACGAGCUGCUGAACAUGCUGCGACCGGGGAAAACGACGCAAAGCAACCGCACGCUCAAGAUCCUGGACGGGCCGAUUCAUCUGGGGUCGAUGGCCGAAACGCAGGACACCACGGUGGAGGAGAUCAAGAGCAUUUGGGUGGCGCAGCGCGACGACUCGCUGAAGGUGGACGCCCGGAAGCUGGAAAAGGCGCAGGCCAAGCUGCAGGAGAAGCAGGAGAAGCGGGGCAAGGAGGUGAAAAUGGUGGUGGCGCCCAAGCUGCAGACCGCCACCGCCUCGCAGGUGAUCAACAAGAAGGAGAGCAAGCUGGAGGCGAAAGGGACCAAUCGGGCGCAGGACAUUCGGAUCGAGAACUUCGAUAUCGCCUACGGCGACCGGGUGCUGCUGCAGGGGGCGGACGUGACGUUGGCCUUCGGCCGCCGGUACGGCCUGGUGGGGCGCAACGGCCUGGGCAAAAGUACGCUGCUGAGAAUGAUUUCUUCGGGCAACCUGAAGAUUCCCUCGCACAUUUCCAUUCUCCAUGUGGAACAGGAGGUGGUGGGGGACGAGACGCUGGCCUUGGACAGUGUGCUGGAGUGUGACGCUGUGCGCCAGGGGCUGCUGGAGCAGGAGAAGCUGGUCAGCGCCGCUAUUAAUUCCGGAUCCACAGACCCCGACUUGAACACGCAACUAUCGGAGGUUUACGCCCAGUUGCAGAACAUCGAGGCCGAUAAGGCGCCCGCACGGGCCUCAAUCAUUCUGGCCGGGCUCGGGUUCACCUCGCAAAUGCAGCAGAACGCCACCAAGACGUUUUCGGGCGGCUGGAGGAUGCGGCUUGCGCUUGCACGCGCCCUCUUUUCCAGACCGGACCUGCUGCUGCUGGACGAGCCCACCAACAUGUUGGACAUCAAGGCGAUCAUCUGGCUGGAAAACUACCUGCAGAACUGGCCGACCACGUUGUUGGUCGUGUCGCACGACCGCAACUUCCUGGACAGCGUCCCGACCGACAUUCUCUACCUGCACUCGCAGCGGCUCGAGCCCUAUCGGGGCAACUACGAGCAGUUCGACCGCACCAAAACCGAAAAACUGAAGAACCAGCAGCGCGAGUACGACGCUCAGCUGCAGCAGCGCCAGCAUGUGCAGGAGUUCAUCGAUCGGUUCCGCUACAACGCCAAUAGGGCGGCGCUGGUGCAGUCCAAGAUCAAAAUGCUGGAAAAAAUGCCGGAACUGAAGCCGAUCGUCAAGGAGACGGAGGUGGUGCUGCGCCUGCCCGACACCGAGCCGCUCUCCCCCCCCAUUCUCCAGCUGAACGAGGCCCUCUUCUGGUACCAGAGGGGGCGCGUGAUCUUCUCCAACGUCAACCUGGGCGCCACGAUGGAGUCGCGCAUCUGCAUAGUGGGCGACAACGGCGCCGGCAAAACCACCCUCUUGAAGAUCAUCAUGGGGCUGCUGACGCCCUCUGCCGGCACGCGGCACGUGCACCGCAACCUCAAGUUCGGCUACUUCAGUCAGCAUCACGUCGACCAGCUCGACAUGAACGUCAACUCCGUGGAGUUGCUGCAGCAACAGUACCCAGGCAAGGCCAUCGAGGAGUACCGCAGACAGUUGGGCAGUUUUGGGGUGUCCGGCGAUCUGGCGUUGCAGACGGUGUCCAGUCUGUCCGGGGGACAGAAAUCGCGCGUGGCCUUCGCCAGCAUGUGCCUGGGCCGGCCGAACUUCCUGGUGCUGGACGAGCCGACCAAUCACUUGGACAUUGAAACCAUCGAGGCCUUGGGCAAGGCCAUCAACAAGUACACGGGUGGAGUGAUUCUGGUGUCGCACGACGAGCGGCUGAUUCGGAUGGUGACGAACGAGUUGUGGCACUGCAGCGAGGGCACCGUGCGCAGCAUAGAGGGCGGGUUUGAUGAGUACCGGAAGAUCGUCGAGAUGGAGCUGGAGGCGGCGCAAGCCAAGUAAGAGGCAGUUGGUGGCCGGACUGGACAGAGUGGCGGAUGCGCGUUGGAGCGCUGCGUCUUGCGCCGCAGCGCUCGACACUGUGAUUUGCGUGCUACUAGCGUGUUAAGGAAGCGGCGCUUGCCCUUGCGUCACUGGGUGAUGUACGUUUGUUUCAGUUUUUAUAUAUUAAAAUUUUUAAACAUG